CCCCUCAUUGGCUCCUCUGCACUGUCUGGAGUAAGUUGGAUGUGCGCUCUCCUCACUCGCAUCCCGAAACCAUCUCAAAAGCAGUUGCGAUGGGGAGGAUCAGGAAAAACCACUUUGGGAUUUUGACUUUCUCCUUACUAGUGACUUUCGUCUGGGCUCAGAGCGUCAAGGAUAUCAAAGAUCCGAGCAAUAUGCCUCUGGUAAAGGAAACAGUUGACAGACUGAUGAAAGGAUACGACAUUCGGUUGAGGCCAGAUUUCGGAGGUGCGCCCGUGGCCGUGGGGAUGAACAUAGACAUAGCCAGCAUAGACAUGGUCUCCGAAGUCAAUAUGGACUACACCCUCACCAUGUACUUCCAACAAGCGUGGCGGGACAAGCGUCUGUCCUACUCGGAGAUCGCCUACAACCUGACCCUGGACAACCGAGUGGCCGAUCAGCUGUGGGUCCCCGACACCUACUUCCUCAACGACAAGAAGUCCUUCGUUCACGGCGUCACCGUCAAGAACAGGAUGAUCCGUCUCCACCCGGAUGGAACAGUGCUGUAUGGGCUCAGGAUCACCACCACUGCAGCCUGCAUGAUGGACCUGCGCCGCUACCCUCUGGAUGAGCAGAACUGCACCCUGGAGAUUGAAAGCUAUGGAUACACCACAGACGAUAUAGAGUUCUAUUGGCGAGGUGGCGAUGGUGCCGUUUCGGGAGUGGACAGAAUAGAGCUACCUCAGUUUUCUAUUGUGGACUAUAAACUCAUCUCCAAGAACGUGGUCUUCUCUACAGGUUCCUACCCCCGCCUGUCCCUCAGCUUCAAACUAAAGAGGAACAUUGGCUACUUCAUCCUGCAGACAUACAUGCCUUCCAUCCUGAUUACCAUCCUCUCCUGGGUCUCCUUCUGGAUCAACUACGACGCCUCGGCUGCCAGAGUGGCCUUGGGGAUCACCACGGUGCUGACCAUGACCACCAUCAACACCCACUUGCGAGAGACGCUGCCUAAGAUCCCCUACGUCAAGGCUAUAGACAUGUACCUAAUGGGCUGCUUUGUCUUUGUGUUCCUGGCCCUGUUGGAGUACGCCUUCGUCAACUACAUCUUCUUCGGCCAGGGCCCCCAGCGGCAGAAGAAGGCGGCUGAGAAAGCAGCCACAGCCAAUAACGAGAAGCUGAGGCCCGAUCCCAACAAGUGGCUGGUGGGAAAUGUAGUUCAGAGAGAUGAUGCUCUGUAUGCCAGAAUGAAACAGAGGGAAAUUGACGCAUAUGACUCGAUGUGGGAUCCCAUCUUUGUGGACGAUGCCGCAUUAGGACUAGGCGAGCAAAGAAAUAAGAUGACCCCCGACGACAACAUCCUGUUCAGCACCCUGGAGAUGAAGAACGAGAUGGGCGGUGCCGGGGACCUCUCCCGGGGCCUGGGAGCACCCGGAGACCCCCGCAACACCAUGCUGGCGUACGAUAGCUCCACGCUGCAGUACCGCAGAGCGGCCAUGGCUCGCCAGAACUAUGGCCACAGCGCCUUGGAGCGCCACGCCCAGAAGAAGUCGCGCCUACGGAGACGGGCCUCGCAGCUCAAGGUCAACAUCCCAGACCUGUCCGACGUGAACUCUAUCGAUAAGUGGUCCAGGAUGAUCUUCCCCACUGUCUUCUCCUUCUUCAACGUGGUCUACUGGCUCUACUACGUCCAUUAAACCUGGCAGCGUCCGGUGGCCGGCUUCUGGCAAGCAGGCAUGGGGGGGGGUGGGGAGGGGUGGAGGAGGAGGAGGAGGCGGCGGAGGGUGGAUGAGAGAAACCGAGAAAGAGGGAUGACGCGUGAGAGAGAUCGAGACAUGAACAGUGCACCAACUUUUUUUAGCUGGUUCAUUUUAGAAAAUGUGGGAAGUUUGCAAGGACUUGUGGAUGGAUCGCCCAACACUUCAGUCAGCAGUGACUCUUUUAGGAUUUGGGAAACACCUUAAAAAGACUUACAAACACUCGAAAAAGAAGAGCGAGGAGCAAAAAGACAGAAAUGGUGCCUGUUCCAGAAUUUCAGUAUAUCACUAAUAUUUGUCAUUCGUAGCUUACUCUCUGUGGAUCAAAUAUUUAUGCUUGUGUUUGAAUAUACUUUAAGGAUUUGUUUUGUUUAGUAUCUAUUUACUUCGUAGCCGAGCAGUCUGCAUCCAGGAAAGCUUUAUAAAUGAUUUAAAAAGAGUCAUCCUUGAUAGUCUAUUUUCCUAUAAUUACUGUAUAUCAAAAACAUCCUUUAAAGCAUGCUUAUGUUUGAUUUUAUUUGCAUCUCAGCCAUGUUGAUGAUGGAGUGCAAAGCUUUUUAGUUCUACUAAUCGAGGUUAGUCUGUCAGUUGCUACUUUGCAGCUUCGGCUCAGCUCUGACCCGUCUUGGCGGGCGGUUUGAGCAUCUCUGGAUGUGACGGUGUCGAUGCUAAACACGAAAAAAUCUUCCACAGUUGCUGAAGGUCUCUGUAUCGUGCGGAGGAGACUGAUGGACACUGACGCUUUGGCCAAGUCUAGGUUCUGCUUUUUGCUGUGCUGAAAAUCCGAUCCAUCUCACCACAUGUUAUUUUUUUAGCGAGAACUUGUGACUCCUCUUGUAUUUUCUGCCAUCGCGUGCAGAGCUUCGGGAGAUGGACGGGGAGCGGCUUCGAAAGCUGGCGCGAGGACUUUGCUGAUGGACAGGCUGAGUUUCAUUGCAACCAAAGUUGCUGCAUAAAUAUGGCAAUCCACAAUCAUCGUUACCAGUAGAAUUGAAUGAUAGAAGUAUGAUGCGUUUCAUUGUGAUUAGGUUUCUGUUUCAAAAAAUAAACUGUAGAUAAACAUAAAUCAUGUUUAAAGAAAAGCAGAUGCUUCAUUUUUAUAAAACUAUACUCGCAUUAUUGUGUAAAUAUUAUGGAUUAAUUCUAUUUAAAUGGGUCUCUGUUGUUGUUUUUGCAGUUAAAUUACAGCUCAAAUGAUCCAUUCAGUCAGAAUAAUAAAAAAGCAAUUUAACUGAGAAAAAAAGAAAACACAGUUCACAACUUUGCUGACUCUGUACUUUUUGAACUUUUCUCUUGGUUCUUCUUUCUAAUGGACUCUCAAAGCAUCGACUUGCUGAAACUAAAGCACUUCCAGACACCAGUGACUCUUUGGUCAAGGUUUCGUUCUCCAGAAAUGACUUAACGAGGACCCCCACUAUCCAGGCAUUGAAGUCAGGCAUAUUUUGUACAAAGUUUCUGUAAAUUCCAAUUGUAAUAUUUCAUAAUGACUGUAAAUAUAUUGUGUAAUGAUUGUCAGCAAUUAUGAAGAUGUAUCUAAAUUCAAUUAAAACUUAAUUCAGUCUAUCACUUCAGUAACAGAAGACACAGGUGGCAGGUUUAUGUGUCUUGUAUGAUUGUGAGGCUGAUUACCGACUGUCAGGCUUAUGGCUGAUUGGGCGUCUGAAUGAGUGAGUGAACAAUUAAACCAGACGCAGGCAGCGAGGAGGCAAACGAGGGAAGCAAACGUAGGGGGGAACAGGGAGACGUGAAGGCUGCAGCUGGGGACCGUUGGCUGCAUAAUGGAUGAGGAGGCUGAGGAGUCGGAGUGAGAGGCUGCAGUGGCGGUUUUUGCGCAGAGACGGUCUCUGCCGGGGUCUGAGCGGGGCCUCGGCCUCGGGGGACAUUAUUGCAGAGAGCCACGGAUAUGAAGGCUCUCUGUGGAAUCAACUGUGGCCUCUUGGCUGCAGGGGCCAAAGCACCAGCUACGGAAAAAUAGGAAGAGAAAAGAAAGAGAGGAAUUCAUCCAUCCGUUCAUGCCUCCACCUCUCGCGCUGUGUUCUCUCACUCACUCAGCCAACUGCACUCAGCUGCACUCGCUUCCUGACCUGACCACUGUUACACCCCUUAAAUGGAUGCUUGUGAAUAUUUUAUUGUGCAAAAUACUGAAUAUUUAAUAUUUAAAAAAAAGGUUUUUGUUUUAGCAGGAGCUAAUGUGUAGAUAUGUUUGAACUAAGAGAAAUAAAAUGAACACAAUGUACCAAUGGAGGAUGCUGUAACAGAGGAAAUAUCUAAUGAGCAAUAUGAAUAAGAAAUAAAGAUAUGAGCAGGAAAUGAGAA